AGAGGGCUUGCGGGUGGCAUCGCCGGGGACCCCAGGCCGGGGCACCAUGAGGUCGUCCUUGGUCUUGCUGACCGCGCUGGUGGCGCUGGCCGCCUAUUACAUCUACAUCCCGCUGCCCAGCUCCGUGUCCGACCCCUGGAAGCUGAUGCUGCUGGACGCGACUUUCCGGGGCGCACAGCAAUUGAGUAACCUGAUCCACUACCUGGGGCUGAGCCAUCAUCUGAUUGCCCUGAAUUUCAUCAUCAUUUCUUUUGGCAAGAAAAAUGCGCUGUCAUCUGCCCAGGUGAAGGUGAGGGACACUGCCUUCGAUGGUGUGGAAGUCCGGGUGUUUGAAGGGUCGCCAAAGCCGGACGAGCCCCUGAGACGGAGCAUCGUUUACAUCCAUGGAGGAGGCUGGGCCUUGGCCAGUGCCAAAAUCAAGUACUACGAUGAGCUGUGCAUGGCGAUGGCAGAGGACCUGAAUGCUGUCAUUGUCUCCAUUGAAUACAGGCUGGUUCCACAGGUCUAUUUUCCUGAGCAAAUUCAUGACGUUGUGCGUGCCACAAAGUACUUCCUGCAGCCUGAAGUCCUGCAGCAGUACCAUGUUGACCCAGGCAGAAUUGGCAUUUCUGGUGACAGUGCUGGUGGGAAUUUGGCUGCUGUCCUUGCACAACAGUUUAGUCAAGAUGCCAGCGUAAGAAAUAAGCUCAAACUGCAAGCUCUAAUCUAUCCAGUCCUUCAAGCUUUAGAUUUUAACACACCCAGUUAUCAGCAAAACGUGAACACCCCAAUCCUGCCCCGCUAUGUCAUGGCGAAGUACUGGGUGGACUACUUCAAAGGCGAUUAUGACUUUGUGCAGGCGAUGGUAGUGAAUAACCACACUGCAUUGGAUGUGUCCGAGGCGGCUGCCUUUAGGGCCUAUCUCAACUGGACGUCACUCUUGCCGGCAUCCAUCACAAAGAACUACAAGCCUGUGGUGCAGACCAUGGGCAAUGCCAGGAUCAUCAAGGAGCUGCCUCAGCUGCUGGAUGCCCGUUCUUCCCCCCUCAUUGCAGAUCAGGAAGUCCUUCAGCACCUGCCAAAGACCUACAUCCUCACCUGUGAGCACGAUGUUCUGAGGGACGACGGGAUCAUGUACGCCAAGCGCUUGGUGAAUGCUGGUGUGGACGUGACCCUCGACCACUUCGAGGAUGGCUUCCACGGCUGCAUGAUUUUCACCAGCUGGCCCACCAACUUCUCAGUGGGAGUCCGGACUAGGUAUAGUUAUAUCAAGUGGCUAGAUCAAAACCUAUAAAGGAAUAAAACUUCUAGACAGCUCGAGUCCCUAUUGAUAACCUGUACCUGCUUAGGAAAGAUGUAACUGUCUUCGUGGCCUAAUUCCAUUCCCCGCCUCCCUUUUGUUAUUUGCAAGUUUUGGAAUCUCUAUUCCUUGCAGACUUUAUGAUCAUCUAAUUUUUUUAAAAAGUGAAUUUGACUCAUUGAAAUGCAAAACACCUGACUUGGUCCCCAAAGUGGGCCAUCUUGUCUGAAAAGAUGUGUUGUUGUUUUUUUUUUUUUGAAAUUGUGGAUAAAAGAAGAAUGUCUAAGGAGUUAAGAAAAUGUGGGCUCAUCCUCAACUUUCUAGAGUUUACUUUGGGUCUACAACUAGUUACAUGGGUGCAUUCAGGUCAGUGCUAGGGACCAAGUGCCCACUGUUCUUUGUGGAUCAUUGUGUGUCCUAUAGGAACAAGGCUUUUAGCAAGACACAUUCUCAGAAGGCUUUGUUCCUCUAGAGCAUUGAUUCUGUAAGAGAGCCACCUGUAACUACCACAUGGCUUCUCAUGAUACUUGAAAGUUCCUUUGAACCACUAUUAGUAGAAAACAAGAGUUUGCAUGCACUGAAUAUCUAUCUACAUAUAGUUAGAAUUUUGUGGUUUGGUUUUAUCUUUUCCUUGGGAACAAAUUUAUUUAAAUGUAAGAUAAAUUUCCUAUUGUUAAAUACGUAAAAAUAGGCAAAUGAAACUAUUUGUUUCAUUAAAAAACGCUUCUGGUAUAAAUUACUAAGAGUAGUAUGUAUAUAUUUGGUAUAGUUGGGAAAUAAAAGCAUAUUUAAUAUUAGUUUUAAAUGAUGAAAAAAAACCUUUGGAAGGUCUAGUCCAUUCUUGGAGACUCAACUUUUUUCACUUAUAUGGCUUUCAACAGGGACUAUUUUGGUAUAAUAUGAUGCACUGUUUAUUUUUUUAAGUUAUGUAAUGUUAAUAUGUAGCUAGACAGGAUUUUUUCUGAAAGACAUCUAUAAUCAAUAUUUAAAAUAGUGAUAUUUUUAAAAAACCUACCUUAGAGUUAUACCCACAAAUAAUUUUAUGGAAGAAGUAAUUAUUAGUACUAUAUAUUAGAACACAAUAUUUUGAUAUUUAUAUUCAUGUUUGAAUUAAAAUAAUAGCGACUCAGAUUAUACCUAGCAAAGCCAUCAAACUUAAUGCAGCUUGGAUAUCUCUCACAUCAAAUAUGAAAUUCUCCAAACUCCCAAACUUUGAAUACUACUAUGAUUCCACAAGCAGGGAAAUCUACAUCACAAAAAUUUGUUCCCUGCUCAGAAAUACUUAAAAUAGUAUACAAAGUUACUUUCAGACUGUGUUUGCAAUGUAUUUCUACAACAUAAAUUAAUAUCUCGUUUAGCGUUUUGUCCCAUCCUAAGAUCUCAUUAUGUGUAGACAAAUAUUCUAAAAUCUAGAGAAAUCCCCAAUCUGGCACACUUCUUGUCCCAAGUAUUUUAGAUGAAGGAUAUAGAUAUUCAACCUGUAGUUCAUGUUUAUCUUUUCUCUUUCUCUCCUUUUUCUUUUCUUUUCUUUUCUUUUUUUUUG